AUGUCUUCCAACAGCCAAAUAAUUCCCGGCUUCACGGCAGAGCAAAGCCACGCCUUCACGAAUAUCCUUCUACCAGCGCUUCAAGUAGUGCUUCGCCAGGCAAUCGACAAGCAUUUCGACCCACUGCAGCCACAGCAAGAGCAGGAACAGAAGCAUAAGCCACUGCAACAGGCAAAUGUGGAGAAGACUACGGAGAAGAUUGCGGAGACAGUCAUCAGCAGCAGUGACACAACAGGCCUGCUCUCCACGGUCUCACAUCAAUCCAUUCAGUCAGCUACUCAGCCAGCCACUCAGUCAGCCACUCAGCCAGAACACUCAGUUGAGCAAGAGGAGGAACCACUACAGGCAAUUGCGGAGAACACUGCGGAGAAACCAAGCGGCAACAAGGCCACCGUCAUCAAGAACACGGCUCAGCUCUCCAAGAUCCUACGUCAGAUCGCCACUCAGAAAGCGGAGAACGACACUACAAUUUGGCCUGCUAUCUCUAUAUUCCUAGGCAAUAUCACAUUAGUGUGGCACAUCACUGCAAUGAGCGAACAAGAGAAGGAUCUCUGCGACGAUCACAGCCACAUUACUAUGAUGGACCUCUACAGGCAAGGGUCACCUAUCGGACGAUGCAUAUUUGGACGAAUUGAAACCGUCCGAUGUCUUACUCCGCCAGUCAUUUCAUUAUUCGAAAGGUUCCACUGCGGCAGGAGAACUCGUGGGAUACACACCACUAAUUAG